AUGGAAAUAGAAAAUUGGAUGGCGGCACUGCUCGACGACUUCCUUCGCCUCGCCGACAUGCACGGAAACUUCCGUAUGGCGCUGGUUGUGCUAGCUGGGCUUAAGCCCUGUGAACUGAUUACAGGCCAAAACAGCCCAACCAAAUACCUCCGUAGUGUUUUCUUCACACGGUUUGCCUCUCCAUAUCCUGCCCACGUCCUGACAGGUGGCCCCUCCCCAAUCUCCUCCUCUACGAUCCCCCUCCCGCUCCCGAGUCCCCUCCCCUAUUUCGAUCUAUUCGGCUUCGACCCCUACCUAGCGCCGUCGCCUCCUCCUCCUCCCCUCCCAUCCCAGCGCCGCCCGUGCCCCGUUCUCCUCCCACUCCCGGCGAAGCCAUCGCUCCCGCGUGCACCUCUCCUCCUCGUAGGUGGCGCCGACGUUGCCCCUGCUCGCGUCCAGCUCCAACCCCAACCCAGUGUUGUCGCCUCCUCCUCCUCCCCUCCCAUCCCAGCGCCGCCACCUCCUCCCCCUCCCCUCCCCUUCCCAGUGAAGCCAUCACUCUCGCACGCAUCUCUCCCCCUUGUAGGCGGCGCCAGCAUUGCCCCUGCUCGUGUCCGGCUCCGACCCCAACGGCGGCUGCUGCUUCGCCAAGCAGUUUUCUUUCAGAUCAUCAGCAGGGCCGUCCUGAAACUCCCCAUCAGUGUCGAUGACUGCAGCGCGAAGCGAGGAAGGUGUUGCAUAAGCAAGGCUGUAAGUUCUUGUUCCAAUCCAUGUGCUUUGCUUGCCAACUUAUCCAAUUCCAUGUGCAUGAUGAAUUCUUUACGUGCCUUAUUGGACACAUCCAUAGAAGGGGAGCAGCUUGUUCAUGUGGGGCAGAACAUCCGGUUAGACUACAGAGUGAUCGACGUGCACACCCCGCCAACCAGGACAUUUUCACCGUUGAAUCCGAAGUCGAAUACUUAAGCUUACAAGCUCCGACAGGUUGGAGUGUUUUUAAUACUUGUUUGGCUAACUAGACAAGAUCCGUGGCCUUUUUUGUGGGUAAUGCAGCUUGAAAUUGACAGAUGAACGUAAUUCUGCCCUCGCUCACCGUCUGUUCUCACUUCUGGUGUUAUAGUCAAUAAUAUUAUCAUAUAUAAAUUUUCGAUUCUCGUUGUAACGUACGGAUGUUUAACUAGUAUAUAUAAAAAAAAAGUAAGGACGAGGAGGAAGGCACUUACGUUGGUUCGAUUUUUUUAUUCACUCAGUCCAAACUGAGGAAUAUUUUGCCUCAGUUCGGUGGAUCCAGUGGGGAAAGGAGGUGGCUGAAACGCGAGAAAAUUUUGUUCCAAGCAUACAAACCACAUGUUCCAAUUUUCUUUUGCUUCUUGUUCCCCUCCGGCGCCGUGGGAUCCUGGCAGGAGGCGUUGCGACUGAUCUAGUGUUGGCCUGAGACGUCGUGCACCAAGUCGAGCAGUCAAGAGAGGAAGCAACACGAGCUUACAGGUCUCCCCCG